UGUUGUCAUCAUGGCCAGGUAAUGUGACACACGCUAUGAUUCCAAAAUCGAUGAUUCCUGAUAAUUUAGCAUCGAUCUAUAUUUGAUAUUCAGGUAUUUUAAACGACAAAUUACCAAAGAUCAAAUGCUUACUUCAUCAUAUGCACAUGUAUUCAAUUUUCAAGCGAAAUCACCGAUUCAAAAUAAAAACACGUUAGAAAUGACUGAAGGUGUACAGGGAUUUCUUGGAGAAUUGGGAUUAUUGCAGUAUUAUGACAUGUUUGUGAUUAAAGGAUUUGAUUCUGAGGAUGAUUUAUGCUACCUUGACGGCAAAGAUCUAGAUGCAAUGUACAUUACAGAUCCAGAUCAUCGGAAACACAUUUUAUGUUCAGCUUCUGAUUUCCGACCAAGUGAACAAUACAAGGUUCUUGAUUGGCUGAAACAAAAUGGUCUGGAGCAUUAUUUCCAAAGUUUCAUAGAAGGUGAUUAUGCCAGUCUGGAGGAAAUAGAGAAACUUAAUUUACCAGAUGAAGAAGUUUAUGAUGAGUUAGAAAUAACAUUACCAGGUCAUAAAAGACGGCUUGAGCGUGCAG